CCCUCAGCUCCUCCUCCCUCAGUCCCUCAGCUCCUCCUCCCUCAGUACCCUCAGUCGGCCCCUCCGUUGGCACCUGGCACUGAUGAUGUGGGCGCUCUCCCCGAGGGCAGGCAUGAGCACAGAAUGAGAGUGCAGAGCCCAGUGCUGGGCGGGGGGCAGGUGCUGGUGCACGCUUCUCCCUCUACUCCCUGCUGCCAGCCCUGCCCCAUGGCCCCCACGCCUUGGCUCCCCUUUCUGAGCCUGGACCCUACAGACAAGUCUCCCUGCUCCAGGCAGGGGCUGGACGCUCUCAGGGUCUCUCCUGGAGGAUGUGGGGAAGGGAGUGGGGUGCAGAGUCAGCAGUUGGGGGAUUGGGGCCAUGCUAGCCCGAUUAGGAGGGCUGGGGCUGAGCUCGAUUCACCUGUCCUUGUCUCUGAUUGGCUCCUGGGUACCCCCAGCACCCAAAUCCACUAAGCAGCCCGCCAGGGCCUGCACAGCUCUGGGGAGCCAGUGGACUGCUUGCGCAGUCCCGGGGCCAGAGGGUGUCCCGGGAGGCCGGAGGCUGGCCUGAGCCUGGCUCUGGAGAGCCGUCCAUCCGCAAGAGCCCACGACCGCUUCCUCCCGGCUGCGGGCCAUGGGGGCUGGGGCCAGCGCCGAGGAGAAGCACUCCCGGGAGCUAGAGAAGAAGCUGAAGGAAGACGCCGAGAAGGACGCCCGAACCGUGAAGCUGCUGCUUCUGGGUGCUGGCGAGUCUGGGAAGAGCACGAUUGUCAAGCAGAUGAAGAUCAUCCACCAGGACGGGUACUCGCUGGAAGAGUGCCUGGAGUUCAUCGCCAUCAUCUACGGCAACACGCUGCAGUCCAUCCUGGCCAUCGUGCGCGCCAUGACCACGCUCAACAUCCAGUACGGAGACUCCGCGCGCCAGGUGCGCCAGGGCGCGGGCUGGCGGGGCCUCCGCGGGCUCGAGGCGCGGGCCUGGGCCCAAGUCCGGGUCACGACCGAGCACUCCCCCUGUGUCCCCCAGGAUGACGCCCGGAAGCUGGUGCACAUGGCGGACACCAUCGAGGAGGGCACGAUGCCCAAGGAGAUGUCGGACAUCAUCCAGCGGCUGUGGCAGGACGCGGGCAUCCAGGCCUGCUUCGAGCGCGCCUCGGAGUACCAGCUCAACGACUCGGCGGGCUACUACCUCUCUGACCUGGAGCGCCUGGUGACCCCGGGCUACGUGCCCACCGAACAGGACGUGCUGCGCUCGCGUGUCAAGACCACCGGCAUCAUCGAGACCCAGUUCUCCUUCAAGGACCUCAACUUCCGGAUGUUCGACGUGGGCGGGCAGCGCUCGGAGCGCAAGAAGUGGAUCCACUGCUUCGAGGGCGUGACGUGCAUCAUCUUCAUCGCGGCGCUGAGCGCCUACGACAUGGUGCUGGUGGAGGACGACGAGGUGAACCGCAUGCACGAGAGCCUGCACCUGUUCAACAGCAUCUGCAACCACCGCUACUUCGCCACCACGUCCAUCGUGCUCUUCCUCAACAAGAAGGACGUGUUUUCCGAGAAGAUAAAAAAGGCGCAUCUUAGCAUCUGCUUCCCCGACUACGACGGUGAGGUCCCAGCCCGGCCGCCAGGCGGCGCCCCUCCCCACGCCGCGGCUGCGCUCCUCCACGGACCGAGCGGGGCUGGGAGUGAGCGCUCCCCCGCCACCCACCCAGGGCCCAACACGUACGAGGACGCGGGCAACUACAUCAAAGUGCAGUUCCUGGAGCUCAACAUGCGACGCGACGUGAAGGAGAUCUACUCCCACAUGACGUGCGCCACCGACACGCAGAACGUCAAGUUCGUCUUCGACGCGGUCACCGACAUCAUCAUCAAGGAGAACCUCAAAGACUGCGGCCUCUUCUGAGGUGCGCUCCCCACUGUCUCCUGUCGGGCCCCCUGACCUCUGCGCCCAGCCCAUCCCCACUCCCAGCCACCUCACUACAGCCCCGCUCCACCGCCGGACCCCCAGCUCCCCGCCCCCUCUGCUUCCAGGCUCCACCCCCUGCCGCAGGCCCCGCCCCUGGCCCACAAGUCCCACCCACUUCAUCUCUUGGGACCCGGCCCCAGUGCCCCAGGUGUCCUUGCUUCCAAACCCACCCGCACAGUGUCUCAGCCACAGCCCAAUUAUGUGGGGGCUGGGGUGCUGACCAGGUCCCUGAACCCAUGCAUGUGCCGAGAACCUGUCGCCCAGCCACCCCGGCCCCAGCCUGUGGCCCCACCAGCCACAGAUCCCAAACCCUGCGUCCCACUAGCUUGCAGUUCCUGUCCUUCCCCUGAGGCUCCCGGGCCUCCCAGAGCCAGGUGCCCCCAAGACCAGCUCUGCCCUUCACGGCCUGGCGGCACUGGCCUCCGGACCCACCGCAGCCAGCCCCAGCUAGGAGCCAGCAGGACUUGGGGCAGCUGGAGCACACAGUGACUCAGCAGUGGCCGGCUGACCAAUCUCCUGCCGCCCUCCCGCCCCAGGGGGCCCGUGACUCACCCGGUGGGUCUGGGCUCCGCAAACAGCCCUCCCUCGCAGAGUUCCAGGCACUGCAGGGGGCAGGCGGGAUCCCUCCUCCCAGCAGCCUGCUGAUCACCAGCCCGGCCCAGCCUGCCACCUCCAUGUGACAAGUCUGACACCUGUCCGCCCAGCGGCCAGUGACUGUCCCUCCCAGCCGCUUCAGGGGUCCAAAGUUGAAGCCAGCUCUGGCCCGGGCGGCUCCUGCACAUGAAUUAGUGACUGGGGUCAGGCCUGGAGCCCCUGGGUGCCAGGGAGAGACUCAUGCUAGACCCUUCCCCACAUGUCAGGCUCAGAGGAACCCCUAGCCCCUUCCCCCACAGCUCUGCCCCCUCUGUCCUUGGACACCAGAUCCCUGCCCCACUCACCCACCCACCCACAGUGCUCCCGGCCGGCCGGUCAAGGGGAUGGUCUGUGAGGGAGGGUGCUGUUGACACCCACGGUGGCCAAUGGCCGAACUGUCCUGAGGGGUGGCUGGGGCAGAGUCCAGCUCCAUCGAUCAGCCCCGGCAGAGGAGUUGGAACAGGAUGGAGGCCCCGAGGGUCCAUCAGGUGGGGUCACAAGCAAACCAGGUGACCCUGGUGGCUGCCAGCAGCUUCUCUCGCCCUUUCUGUUCAGGGCUCACUCCCUGGCAGGCGUAACAGCGCCAUGCCUGACCCGUCAGGGACAAAGCCCCAUGUCCCCUCAUCCCCACUCCCUUCUUCUCACCAGCACCGGCCCUUGCUGGUCCCGUGGGCCGGGCCUCACUGCAGGCGAGGGCAGGAGCUGCUGUCCCGCGAGCUGGCGCAGGCCUCGCCUCCCACCCCCCAGCUAGACGCACUAGGCAAUAAACUUCCGCAUCGGCCCGCUGUCCUUUCUUGGGGCGAGGGGGGUGUUAGUUAUCCAGAGUCAUGGGUUCAUAUGAAGUGCUGGUGCCGGUGCCAGGC